AUGGAUAAAUACAAGGAAUCAUCAUCGGAUUUUCUCAAGCAAUUCUACAUCCCUUCUUACGUCCUCUCGGAAGAGGCUCCUCCACCACUGCCCAUCGCCCCACCUGAGUGCCCGGUCCUCGUCUUCAUCAACUCCAAAAGCGGUGGUCAGUUGGGUGGGGAACUCAUUCUCACCUACCGCUCUCUUCUCAAUCACAACCAGGUCUUCGAUCUUGGCCUAGAGACUCCCGAUAAGGUGCUCCGCAGAAUCUAUCUUAACCUCCAGAGGCUCAAAGAUGAUGACUUCGCUCGUCAGAUUCGAGAAAAGCUCAAAAUCAUUGUUGCAGGAGGUGAUGGAACUGCUGGGUGGCUCCUCGGAGUUGUAUGUGACCUCAAAUUGUCCCAUCCUCCUCCAAUUGCCACCGUUCCUUUGGGUACAGGAAACAACCUUCCCUUUGCUUUUGGAUGGGGAAAGAAGAAUCCCGGAACAGACACAACUUCAGUGGAGUCGUUUUUGGAUAAAGUGCUCAAGGCAAAAGAGAUGAAGAUUGAUAAUUGGCACAUACUUAUGAGGAUGAAGACUCCUAAAGAAGGCUCUUGUGAUCCUCUUGCACCUCUUGAGUUACCACAUUCCCUACAUGCAUUUCACCGCGUUUCUCCAACAGAUGAACUAAAUAAGGAAGGUUGCCACACAUUUCGCGGGGGGUUCUGGAAUUACUUUAGCCUUGGAAUGGAUGCUCAAAUUUCUUAUGCGUUUCAUUCUGAGAGGAAGCUGCACCCUGAAAAAUUCAAGAAUCAGCUGGUUAAUCAGAGUACGUAUGUAAAGCUUGGUUGCACGCAAGGAUGGUUUUGUGCCUCUCUUUUCCACCCUGCUUCAAGGAACAUAGCUCAGCUUGCGAAGGUUAAGAUUGCAGAUAAAAAUGGCCAGUGGCAUGACCUCCACAUACCCCACAGUAUCAGGUCCAUUGUAUGUCUGAAUCUGCCCAGCUUUUCUGGAGGACUAAAUCCUUGGGGUACACCAAAUCCCAGGAAACAACGCGAUAGAGACUUGACUCCACCAUUCGUUGAUGAUGGCCUCAUUGAGGUUGUUGGGUUUAGAAAUGCUUGGCACGGUCUUGUUCUGCUCGCACCAAAUGGACACGGAACACGACUUGCCCAGGCAAACCGCAUCCGCUUCGAAUUCCACAAAGGUGCAACCGACCAUACAUUCAUGAGGAUGGAUGGGGAGCCCUGGAAACAGCCACUGCCAUUGGAUGAUGAAACUGUGAUGGUAGAGAUUUCACAUCUUGGCCAAGUGAACAUGCUUGCAACUCAUGACUGCCGGUCCAGAAGCAUGUACGACCCUUCUACACCCUGCCAUCGGGAUGCGGGAGAAGAGUAUGAUGAUAAUGAAGACGACUCAGUGGCUGAAGCCGAGGAAUUUAGAAAGUUUGGUGCUGCGGAUACCUUCAAGAUUCCUGACGAGGGAGAACAUAACAAUAAAAAAGGCCGGGCUUCAAGGAGCAGGAACUUACAUACUCAUAUGGUUGGUCACAUAUCCUCUGAAGGCAGCACCUAA